AUGAAAAAACUUAGUUUUGGUAAGAUGCUAGAGUGUUUAUGUCUGUCUUCAAUCUCAGGCUCAUCAUGUUCUUGUUUCUGCAUGAACACUUUAGACGAUGAGUUUGAGAAGAAGCCACUAAUAACAUCCGAAAAACCCCAGUUGCUGAGAUUGAAAGAUGUUUUUUCUGGCAAUCAGACAUUGGCUUUUCAACUUAAGCCUAAGAUAGUGGAACUAAGGGUUUCCAUGCAUUGCCAUGGCUGUGCAAGGAAAGUCGAGAAACACAUUUCAAACCUUGAUGGAGUGACCUCAUACAAGGUAGACCUGGAAAGCAAAAGGGUAGUUGUUAUUGGUGAUAUACUCCCUUUUGAAGUGCUCAAGAGCGUCUUAAAAGUUAAAAGCGCAGAGCUUUGGAUCUCCUGAAGAA